AUGACAGACAGAAUAGACAGUAUAACAUCUACAGUGUCCCAAACCCCACAACAACGCCAACCAAGACAUGGUAGACCGUCUACAGCUUCCAAGAUAUCAAUAGCAUCAGCCAAGUUGUCUAUGGUAUCUUUCGAACCAACACAAGCUGAUGAGACGCCAUGGCCAUCUAUAUAUGUUAUGUCAGCUUUGGCCAUGUGUCAAGCCAUACAGUUCUCGCUUUACUUUACUCCGAUGUGGCCGUAUCUUAACUAUGUAGGUAGCAUGACAUUAACAAUGUAUUGUUAAAGGCUUUACUGAAUAAUUUUCCGUUUCUGGCAGUGUAAUACCUCAUAUAAUAUGUAAACUACGAGACAUACAACACAUAUUUUAGCUAGACAAAGAAGCCACAGUCCUCUUCUUUGGCCUGACCGUCUCGGCCUACAGCUUUGGCCAUCUUGUGUCAGCUCCAUUCUUUGACAAAUGGCGUCAAGAUUCGAAAGCUCUAAGACCCAUCUUACUAGUAUGCUUAGUACUAAUGUUCAUUGGCCAUGCUUUGUAUUUUAUGGCCGGAGCUUUUAAAGAAGAUGCAAAAUGGGCCAUAUUGGUCUCUAGAGCUGUUGUCGGCACUGGGGAAUGUAAGUAUUAAAAGAGAUACCACUUGAUGUCCUAAUUCGAUGUGAUUCGGCUAUAUUGUUCUUCUAUCGAACUAAUUAUCCAAAUAUAUCCGCGAAUAUUAUCCAUCACCUCUAGAAUUGUAAAAAGGACAAGCUUAAUCUAAAUGUUCAGCCCAACUUGUGUCGGACAGGGCCCUUUAAAAUUUGCUUCAGGCCGGUCAACGGGACAAAUCCGGGCCGAAGGCGGCCCGGGCUAAAUAGGCACCCUUUCAGGUCUAAUUGGAAGACAAAACGUACCUGUUGAUGUCCUGAUCUGAUGUGAUUAGGUUAUUUUAUUCUUGUAUCUAAACAAUUAUCCAAAUUCAUUCAAGAAUCUUAUCCAUCAAAACGGAAAAACCAAAAAUUAAAAAAAAUUAUAUUUUUGGCACUUCGCAACACAUGAAUUUAAUUUAUUGAUUUCAGAGUUGUUGAUUUCUUGUAAAAUAGAUAUAUUGUUUUUCUCGCAUCUUCCAUGUUUUAUCCUUAUUCCCUUUUUUCUUUUUGGUAUUUCUGUUUUAAGACAACUUAUCAUUGCUAUUUUCAGCGUCUUUGACAAUAUUUCAAAGCUAUGCGGCUUCUUCAAGUUUGCCAAAAGAUCGACCAAAAGCCAUUGCUAUAUCGACCACAAGUUUGGCGUUUGGAGCUUUUGUGGGACCAGGUAACACCAGAUUAUAUUAUUUUACUAUCUAUUCUACAUAUUUUUAUUAGAUUUUAAAUUUAUGAGUCUAAAUGUAUGCCUACUACAAUAUAUUUCUAAUUUUUGUCUACUACAAUAUGAAGACUUUAAUUAAUAUUAUUCUUUCAGCCCUUCAACUAAUUUUCUGGUUUCUGGCCGAAGAUGGUAUUGCCAUAACCGAGAAUGUACGUCUCAACAUGUACACUGGAGCUCCAUUACUGUGUUGUCUAAUCAAUAUUGUGGGUAUCUUCUUGGUAUUGUUCGUAUUCGAGGAAUGUUACGUUGAUCGUAUGCAUUCUGAGAUGUUGAAGGAGAACGAGUUUAUUGCGUUACCAUACGAUCGAUGGGCAUGUGUCGUAUGUUUGUUCACCAGAUUCGCACAGUUAUUCGCAUUUACUAACUUGGAGACGUAAGUUAUGUUGUUGUAGGUGGAAUUUGUGGAUAUAAGUGGGGAUGUAGCUGUAGAUAAAGGUAGGAAUAUGGAUUAAGGUUUUGGCUUUGAUAUGGCAAGGAAGGAUAUAUCUGUAGAUAUAGAUUAAAAUGUAGUCUUUAACAUAACUAUAGGUAUGGGUAUAGGUGUAUUUAUAUGUAUAUAAACUUGUUUACCUAGUAAGUAAGACCUUUUGAGUGUCGGCACAGUAUUCCUGAUGGUAAUGUUUGCCUUCAACCGAGUACAAUCUGUCUUCACGAUGCUAGUAGCUCAACUUCUGAUGGGUCUUUUAACCUUUACCAUCCACAACAUGUACACCUUCUUUGACAUCGAAAAGUGGAUCAAUCUUCGUCAGAUCUGCUUAUCAGCAGUAAGUGGUCUACUCUUAUUCUACCUAGCUACCUACACAUGGCCCUUCUUUCCCGGAAAAAUCAGUUUCUACUCUUCGAAUGCCAGUUUACAUACCUUUAUGGGUAACACCACCCAAGCCGGCUGUGAUACCGAUGUCUAUGGCUGGUGCGAGAUUGUGACACCCAUCAACUUCUGGUUGUAUAUCAUCUGUUUUGCUGUGCUAUUCGGAGUUUGUAUGCCGAAUAUGAAUCUGGCAUUGGGAACGUUGUUCUUGAGGAUUCUGGGGAACACGAACGAUGCUCAGCCUCAGAGCUGGUUCUUGUUGAGUGGGUCGGCUGGCAGGAUCGUUGGACCUAUUUUGUUGAGGUAAGGCAUAAAAUUUAAAAAAAUGGAUAUGUAACAGGGUAAUAUUAAGUUGUUCAAAUAAUUUUGCGCCUCAAAUUAAGAAAAUUUGCUUUGAAAGUGGCUCAGAAUAUUUUGAACAACUUCAUAAUUAAAGAUGCCAUUUAUAAUCAGUUUACUUUUGGAAUUUACAUUAACACUAGCCUAUUUCAGUCGCUUGUACACAAUGUUUGGCCCUCAAAUGGCGUGGCUUCUGGAGAUGAUCGUACUCAUCGUAGCACUAAUACUAUGGUUUGUGUUCUACACUCGAAUGAUCCCGGCCAGAGUAUUUAAACGACCGACGUUUAAAAUGGCCAAUUUCAAGAUUACUGAGGAGUAA